AUUUUUGAUCUCUUUAAGUUUUGCAAGUUGUCAUGCUCAUAUGUGCUUGAUCGCUCAUAUAUCUUCAGUACUUGUAUUUCUUCUUCGAGAAAAAGAACAGCUCAAAUCUGGUUAAAGUACUGGUAUUGGUAGUUAAGAAGCCCAAAUUCUUUGAAUACAGCUCAAGUUGUGGGGUAAACAAGGGCUUCUCAUUCCAGACCCUGAGCUAAUGAAGUGUCCGCAGAAAUGUGUUAAUGUGUUCAUUCAUACAUGUUUGAGGUGACGCACUCCCCCGUUGUACAAGGUGGAUUAGAGCUGGAAAACAAGGCAGCCUAUUGUACUGGGUGUAUGAAGACAUGCAAGCGCUCACCAUCACUCUCCAUUUUUCACGUGAUUAUCAGACUUCCUUUUCACAUUCAUGAUAGGAUUUAGACUCAGUACAAGGAUCACUUUAAAGCAAGCACGUAACUGGAAAUACCUUUGGGAUUUCUGCAUUUGCUACAGUAGCAGAGUAAGACAUUAGUUUGGUUUGUGAGGGCUAAAUUUUACCAUGGGUUAAAAUGCAUCUGGAAUAUAAUUUAGAAGAGUGGUUUAAUCAAUCAGCCACCAUGUUUCUGAGGAAAUUAAUUUUUCUCAGUGGCUUGAUGAUGGUGGCAAGCAGUAAAAUCUGCAAUUUAAUGAUAAUUGCAGUAAUAUGCGAUGUCAAAUUCUACUGUUCUUUCAUUCAGAGCUACAAUGCCCUCUAGUGGUUUGAAGAUAGACUACCAGCUUGCAUUAUUAAAGGGAUAGUUCACUCAUAAAUGAACAUUGUGUCAUCACGUAAUCACCCUUGUGUUGUCUAAAAUCUGUAUUUUUUUCUGUGGAGCAUAAAUGGAGAUGUUAGGCAGAAUGUAAGGGACAAACAGUCCCAGCCACCAUUCACAGAGUAUGGAAGAAGAUGAAAUGUCCUGCCAGCAGUAUCAUGGUCAAUAAGUAUGGAAGUCGGCCUGUUAUGAUUUUAGGAGGCUGUCUCUCGGGAACCGGACUCAUUGCUGCUUCUUUCUGCAAUAAUAUUGAAAGCUUGUACUUCUGUGUGGGAGUUGUUGGAGGUCUGGGACUGGCGUUCAAUCUCAACCCUGCACUCACUAUGAUCGGCAAAUAUUUCUUCAAGAGACGUCCAAUAGCGAAUGGCAUUGCUAUGGCUGGUAGUCCAGUCUUCUUGUCAACUCUUGCUCCUCUGAACACCUGGUUCUUUGAUCAGUAUGGCUGGAGGGGUAGCUUCUUGAUCUUGGGUGGAAUUUUGCUCAAUUGUUGUGUAGCUGGAUCACUGAUGAGACCUAUAGGGCCAAAGCCCCAACCUGCUGUUAAAGGGGUUAAAAGUAACAGCAGAGCCACAGAGCAAAAGACGGUGAUGGAGAUGAUUAAUGGUUUUAUUGAUCUGACGCUCUUCAAGCAUCGUGGCUUCUUGCUUUACCUUCUGGGAAAUGUGGUCUUGUUCUUUGGCCUCUUCACUCCCCUUGUGUUCCUCAGUAAUUUCGCCAAGAGCAGGGAAAUUCCCAAGGAGAAAGCGGCUUUUCUGCUCUCUGUACUGGCCUUUGUAGACAUGGUGGCACGACCUUCCAUGGGAGUAGUCGCCAGCACAAAAUGGGUGAGACAGAGGGUGCAGUACUUCUUUGCUGCCUCUGUUCUUCUCAACGGUGUGUGCCACCUGCUUGCCCCUUUGUCGACGGACUACACAGGGUUUGUGAUUUAUGCCAUCUUCUUUGGGUUUGCCUUUGGGUGGUUGAGCUCUGUGCUGUUUGAGACCCUCAUGGAUCUGGUGGGUGCCCAGCGUUUCUCCAGUGCUGUUGGAUUGGUGACAAUUGUGGAGUGUGGGCCAGUGUUACUAGGGCCUCCUUUACUAGGAAAAUUCAAUGACAUCUUUCAUGACUACAAGUACACAUACAUUGGCUGUGGAAUUCUCCUGCUGGUUGGCAGUAUGUUUCUUUUCAUCGGAAUGGGCAUCAACUACAGGCUACUGGAUAGGGAGGCAAAAGAGGAAUCCAAGAGAGCCAGUCUGCAGGGGAGAGAGGAUGACUGCAACAAGGACAGUUCAAAUAGACAGCCUGGCAAAGGUGUUGUAGAACCAUUGAAAGCACCUGAUGACAAUACUGCAGAGGAUACUGUGUGAAACUGACUAUUUCAUGUAUUGAUUUGGUUAACACUGAUGUUGAUGUUGAAUAUAAGUUUUAAAGGAUUUUUGCUUAAACAUAAGCCUUCAUUGUAGGACAAGAGUUGUGGCACUUCUAUUUUAGGGCAUUUUAUAUAUGUAGGAGGAAAGACUGAAUCGAAGUGCACUGAAUACAGAUAAAAUUAAUCUACAUGAAACAAUUAUCUAUCAAUAAGUAGUAAAUAAAAAGGAGAGAGAUUAACAAAGUUUUUGUUGCUAGAAGUCAACAUGAAAAGGAGUUCUCAACCCAUAUUACUUCAGUAUUUUGAUGUAUUUCUAAAUGAAAGAGGAUAUUUAACAAGAAAUACAUUUAGGGCAGGAGCUUAUUUUGUCCAUCAGGAAUUGAUUGGAUGUGAAAAGUUGUCUCUAUAUUAAAGGUGGUUGGGGAGGGGUUGAAAAAUAAGAGUGCUUGGUGGUGUCGGCUGAAAAGGAAAUGUGUUGGACCUCCCGGACCAAGUUAUUUGUUAUUUUAGUUAUAGUUCUUUUUUUACUUGGCCUAAAUAGGGUCAGUUCCAUGCUCAUUUUAAUUAUAUGCAAAAGUGAAGCAACUUAAUAUGAAAUAACUUCUUGGCUUCUUAAUUGCAGGAAAGUACUGCUGUGCAUUGUUCAUACAGUACCCAUGCUUCACUUGCCAAUGUCUGUUUUAUUAUAUAUUCUUUUGUGAGUUAUGAGUGUGUAAUUCAGCAUUAAUAUUUCUUGUUUAAAACUGUGUAGGUCUUGAAAUGACAAAUAAUUUACUAUCAGAGCCAGUUUAUAUAUACUGUAUAUCAUUUUGUGUUGUAAAACAGUAAUAUAGUUUAAAUAAAAGUG